CAGCGGGGCGGGAUUUUCCGGCCAUGACGUCCCAAGUUUUCCAACAACCCACAACCCUGACACUUCCACAUCAUGGCGUAGCGAUGUGGACGGAUUGGUGGGCACGGAGAAGUUCAGAAACUAAGUAUUGUGGAGUUUUUGUAAACACUAGAGGAAACAAACUAACGGAAAUCCCAAAAUCUCUUCGAGCAGAGCAUCGGUUGAGCAGUGACUAAAGAUGAUGGCUGACGCCAGCGACAUGUUGGCAGCUGCCCUGGAGCAGAUGGAUGGCAUUAUAGCAGGCUCCAAGUCUCUGGACUACUCCAAUGGGAUGUAUGACUGCCAGUCACCCACCUCUCCUUUCAUGGGCAGCCUGCGGGCACUUCACCUUUUGGAAGACCUCAGGAGCGUCCUCGAGUUGAUGGACACGGAGGAAAGGGAGAGUCUACGCUGCCAGAUCCCUGACUCCACAGCCGACAGUCUAGUCGAGUGGCUCCAUGGUCACCUGUCCAACGGGCACCUCUCUCUGAGUGGGGGUGACCACUACCAGGAAAGGCUAGCCCGAAUAGAAAGUGAUAAGGAGUCUCUGGUUCUUCAGGUGAGCGUGUUGACAGACCAGGUGGAGGCUCAGGGAGAGAAGAUUCGAGACCUCGAUAUGUGUUUGGAUGAGCACAGGGAGAAACUCAACGCCACUGAGGAGAUGCUGCAACAGGAGCUUCUGUGCAGAACUUCCCUGGAGACCCAGAAAUUUGAGCUGAUCUCUGAAGUGUCCAACCUAAAGCUGAAGAUGAAUACCAUGGAGAAGGACAGAUUUGACUUCGAUGACAGAUUUAGGGACAGUGAGGAUUUCAUUCUAGAAAUUAAUGAACUGCGGUACAGAUUGACAGACCUGGAGAGUGAGAAACUACAGUACGAAAAGAAACUUAAAUCCACAAAGGAGGAGCUAGCCGUACUGAGAAGGCAGCUCGAGGGCCAAGACGGAGAGAUGAGGAGACUACAGGAUGAGACAGGCUUCAAAGCCUUCGCCUCAAGCAGCUCUGAUCCCACAGAGAGAGUCUCUCAUCCAGAUGAAACUCUUAGAAAGAGGCUGAAAGAAAAACAUGUGGAAGUGCAGAGAAUGAAAAAGGCAGUUGAAUCGUUGAUGGCAGCCAAUGAAGAGAAGGAUCGUAAGAUUGAGGAACUAAAGCAGUCGCUGCUGCGGUAUAAGAAAGUUCAAGACAUGGUGAUGUUAGUGCAAGAGAAGAAAGAGAAAAGCAAAGAUAACGAGCACUUCGAGCAUUACGGUGAUAGUUCCUUCGAAUUCUUCUCAACCAGCCCCGUGUCUGCGGAGUCAGAAAAGUAUGAAUUUACAGAUGUUGAUCAACUGAGAAGGAGGAGCCCAGAUGAGUUGGAGAUCCUCAAUGGACUGUGUGACGAGCCGUCACCCACACCCAGCCCUUCAGAUCCAGAACGAGUGUCAGAGUCUGCACCAGCAGAUGUAGAAAGCUGCCAAGAUCCCACAAACAAUUGCAGCCAGCUGGACAGGAGUAAUAAUGAAAAGAAUACAAGUGAAGAGAUCAGUAAGAUCAGUGAAAAGCCGCCUGUGAGUCCCUCUGCGACCUUGCCUCGCACCACAGAGGACGACAGCUUUGGUUCGAGAAAGGCUCGUUCGUCCUUUGGAAAGGGCUUUUUCAAGAUCCGUGGGGGCAAGAAGACGGGCAGUACUCCUAACCUCGACCGCAGCCGGAGUGCAAGUGCGCCUAUGCUAGCUGAAACAGAGCGACAGGGCACUGACCAUCUGGAUCUGGCCGGGCUGCCACAGAGCUCUGCUAACAGCGACAGCACCAACACGCUCUCUACGACCCCAGAAGGCAGGAAAAAAUCCAAAGGAAUAAAGAAACUCUUCGGGAAGCUAAAAAGGAGUCAGUCUACCACAUUUAACCUGGAUGACAACGUACCAGAGGGUGAGUUCAAAAGGGGCGGAGUGCGAGCCACAGCGGGACCCAGACUGGGCUGGUCUCGUGACCUCCAAAGAGCCAACAAUUUUGACUUUUCUCUUAGUGAAGUUGAUGCGCCGUUUGCACGCUGGUCGAAGGAUCAGGUGUGCGACUGGCUGCAGGGGCAGGGUCUCGGUCUUUAUGUGAACAUGGCUCGUGUGUGGAUCUCCUCUGGACAGACGCUGCUACAGGCCUCGCAACAGGACCUGGAGAGGGAACUGGGCAUCAAACACCAGCUGCACAAAAAGAAGCUGCAGCUGGCUCUGCAGGCCCUCGGCUCAGAGGAGGAGAAUAAUAAGGGGAAGCUGGACUACCACUGGGUGACGAGAUGGCUGGAUGACAUCGGUCUGCCUCAAUAUAAGACCCAGUUUGAUGAGGGGAGGGUGGACGGUCGCAUGCUGCACUACAUGACAGUGGAUGACCUGCUUUCUCUGAAAGUGGGGAGUGUCCUGCAUCACCUCAGUAUCAAGAGAGCUAUCCAAGUGCUCCGACUCAACAACUACGAGCCCAACUGCUUGCGUCGCAGGCCAUCUGACGAGAACAAUAUUUCUCCAGCAGAGAUUUCCCAGUGGACCAACCAUAGGGUGAUGGAGUGGCUGCGGUCUGCGGACCUCGCUGAAUACGCUCCCAAUCUGAGAGGCAGCGGUGUGCACGGAGGCCUGAUGGUUCUGGAGCCACGGUUCAACGUGGAGACCAUGGCUUUGCUGCUGAACAUCCCCCCAAACAAGACACUGCUGCGCCGCCACCUCGCCACACAUUUCAACCUGCUCAUUGGCUCAGAGGCUCAGCAGCUCAAACAGGAGUGUCUUGAAAACCCGGACUACACUCUGCUUACUGCCACCACUAAGGUCAAGCCAAGGAAACUGUCAUUUGGUAACUUUGGCAGUCUGAGGAAGAAAAAGCAGGAAGAGAGCGAAGAGUACGUGUGUCCGAUGGACGUGCAGAUGCCAAAGGGACGAAGCUUUCAGAAAGGCUUCGAGCUCCAAAUCUACGAGGACGACCUUGACCGGCUAGAACAAAUGGAGGACUCUGAGGGAACUGUGAGACAGAUAGGAGCUUUCUCUGAGGAGAUUCAAAACCUGACGAGCAUGCUGAAAGAUGAUGAAUUCUUCAAAGAGGCAUCAAAUUCGCCGAACCCCAGUGUAACAGAUGAGGACUCCACUGCGUGAGACCGUCGGCAUCAUGAGAGCUGGUCCUGCUGUGAAAGGAACUCUGUGCCAACCCUCUCCACUCGCACACAGACUUGUCUCAACUAACCCAUGAAUGCUCCCUCAUUUCAUUUUAGUGUUACAUUCAAAGAUGAGCCAAAAGUAUUAGUGUCUUUCUUUUUUCACUUUGUUGUGGCAGCCUACAGUCCGCUAUCACUCCUGAACUUUGUCUCCGUUACCGUCGUCUGAUGGCAGAGGGAACAUUUAGGGCAACACACCACUGCUUGCCUGCCAGCUGGUUUCUGGAGAUAUUUUGUACUCAGUUGUGUACUGACACUUUUCUAUUUAUGAUACAAUGUAAGUUUCAACCAGCAGAAAAAAAGACAUCCAAUAUAUAUGCCAAUAUAGAUUUUAAUAUAUGUCUUUUAAAUUACCCUCCUGACGGAAAAAAAAGAAAUUGACUUCAUUCAGAAGAGAUUUUCCCGUUUUUUUUUUUAGAAGUUGGUGUAAAGUAAUAACUCUAAAACUGCUGCUAUGUUUUCUUCAGAUCUAAACCCUGCUAAUAACUUGGGAAUUGUCAUAUAUUUUAUUCUACGCUGAACAUUUUACAGGUUUUCACUCAACAGUAAUAUUCUACUUGUACUUGCACCAAUACAUAUCAAACAGCACAAAGCCUAAUGAAUAUCAUUGCAUGGUAUUGAACUUCAACACAUUAAGAGCUUGUUUAUUUUAUUUUUUAGCAUAAAUUGAUUUUUAAUGGAACCCUGUUGGCUGACAGUUAUUUUUAGAAAAGUGUUUGUGAGGUGGGAUAAUGUCUGUUUUUUUCAGAAUAAUAUUGUUAUAAGGCAACCCUCGACCUUACGUGAGAAGUUAAACUGUUUGAGUUGUUGUUUUUUUAUUACGUUUAUCCAUUUCUAAGAUCAAUAAAGUAAUUUAAAUCAG